CAUUAACAGACGCUCUCACUGCCCCGCUGUCUAACCUCUAUGAAAUAAUGAUAACAAGAUAGUCAAUUUGCAGUCAGAUCCAGCAUCAAAAUACGAUGUCUGCGUCUUCGUCCCAAGCACUCGAAUAUCUCGAGCUGCUCCCUGCGCAAACUCAUCGCAAGCUAUAUGAGCAACCCUCGACUGCUUUAGCAGUCUUUCGGUGCAUGCUUCCGCACUUGGCCAAAACGAUAGUAAUGGCUAUGCUCUACAUGCCAGGCCCCUUCUCCGCUAGCGAUCUCGAUGCCUGGUUUCGACACGAUGGCAAAAGAGAUAAGGACAAAGCCAUUUCCGUGCUCGAACAACUCCACGUUAUCACCGCAAGACUAGAGGCACCGAGACAUUACUCGUACAAACUCACGGAGGGCUUUGGACGCUCUCUGCGACAAGCACUUACUGGAAGCGGCACGCAUCGGUCCUUUGGUGUUCCAGCACAGUCGACGGAGGAAAGGGUGUCGACCGACUUCUUGGAUGAUUAUGCCCAGAAACAGUGGGAGAAUAUGUUGUUCUAUAUGGUGGGGUCAACGGUGGGGCUCGCGGCUACGAAUGCCCUUGGCCAGGAUGUGGGAGAGGGUACGAAGACGUUACUACGGGUGGGGGACUUUGUGAAAGUUACACAUGGUAGAGUCACGAUCACAAGGACAGGUUUUACUUUUGUGCUACAGGAAGCGAAUGCACAGGUUUGGAGCCUGCUCAUUGUGUAUUUGAACUAUGCUCCUAAGCUCGGCAUGUCUGAAACCGACGUCCUCUCAUUCCUCUUCAUGCUUGGCUCCCUAGAACUCGGCCAAGAAUACUCCAUCUCCACGCUCUCGCAAACCCAAGUGCAAAUGCUUGAAGACUUGUCUGCCUUCGGCAUCGUCUACCGCUCGUCCAAAACAUCCUCAACAUUCUACCCGACCCGCCUAGCUACAACACUAACCUCAGACUCUGGUGCUCUCUCCUUCUCCACUUCGAAUGCCAAGUCUGACUCAGAGGACCUCACUUCCUCAGGAACUGGAGCGACUAGAGGAAGCGCAUCAAAAGGCUACAUAAUCAUCGAAACGAAUUACCGCCUCUACGCUUACACAUCCUCGCUUCUCCAAAUCGCCGUCCUCUCCCUCUUUACCAACCUCACCACCCGCUUCCCCAACCUCGUUUCCGGAAAACUAACCAAACAAUCCAUAACCCGUGCCGUCAAACUCGGCAUCUCAUCCUCCCAGAUCCUUUCCUAUCUCACCUCAAACGCACAUCCGCAGAUGCAGAAAAACACCCCCGUUCUGCCACCGACGGUCAUGGAUCAGAUUCGACUGUGGGAGUACGAAGGCGAGCGCGUGGAGCCGACGAAUGGGUAUUUGAUGAAGGAAUUCAGCAACGAUCACGAGUAUAAAGAUCUUGUAGCUUAUGCGGAGAGUCUGGGCGUUCUAAUUUGGAAAAAUGAUGGGAAGAGAAUGUUGUUUGUGGACAGACUGGAGCAAAUCAGUCUGUAUAUGAGCAAGAAAAAGAGUAGAAGUGAGUAGGCCAAUGCGUGGUGUUUAGACCUCUACGUUGCUAUGGAGAAAUAAAGGGGAGGGAGUGAGAGGUUAUGGCAGGAGUGUUAUGAAAACGGGAAAAGUGGUGAAGAGCAUUCGGAAGGGCCUCGGAGGAUUGAAGAGUGUGGGGGAGGUGAAUGAUGGACAACAACCUACCCCCGGGAGUAGAUGCGCAAUGGGUUUAAAGGCCCAUAGGGAGGGAAGUACAGGUUGAAGAAUUUACUUUCAAAGCAAGGCGUCCUGGAUGGAGUGGCUUCGUCUUUGGUGCAUUGUAUCGGUAGGCUCUAGGCAUGCAUUAGGAUGGACGGAAAACUGGCGUUUUAUGC